GUUCCCCCUACUACGAAUCCCGCUCAGUUCUACGCCGUCCCUGAAGCCAUAUGGAGUGACCGCUUACCUGAUGUGUUUUUUGGAGACCGUUCACCAAAUAUCACCCCCCCAACGAACAAUGGUGGGCCGCUCGCCCCUGGCAAAGAAAUGUGUGACUAUCAAACUCCCCACUCGAAUCUUGUAGCUCAACUAUCUCACGCACUCCAACCACACAAUACUGGUUUCUUUGUCUUCUCCAUACUUGCUGGCCAUCUAGACCCCGUUAUGAACAGUACUCUUUCUGCAAACUCAAACACAAACACCGCAUCGCCAACCCCUCCUGUUCAUCUGGUGUUUUUCCUACAGCGAUUAGUUUCGUUGUUCCUAACAGCCGUUUCUUCUUCAUCGGGCUCUUGCAUAAGGCCCCCAACUAAGUUCCACCCCUCUCUGGCUUCAUCCGAAUUGUACAAAAUUACUACCCGAUUGAACAACAAACUGAUCGAGCUGGUCACUUCCGUAUCGAAGGACCCUCGUCGGGAUUGGCAGGCCAUAUGGGGUCUUCUUUUGUCCUCGGCGAAUCGCUUUUUGAAGAGCGCCGAGAAAUGGGUUCUAUCCGAGGCGUAUUCGGCAAUUGUCCAUGAGGUGCCCGGCGACUCCACUACUUGGCCAUCGUUAAAACUGAAUGUGGCGUCCGGCCUUUGCUUGGCGCGUGCGUGUGACUUACUGGUGGACUUGUGCCCCUCUGUUGGAGCUAUUGUGAUCGCGGGCACUGGCGUAAUCGCGUCAGCUCACCACUCACACCAGAUCUGCGGCCCAUACGACACCGUGGUUGAUGGAAACCACAACCAGGAACAGCCUUCAUUCUCCUGGUCCAACGUUUCCUACCUACGCACCGCCUGGAGUUCGUCCUGCUCUCCACUGAAACGCUUAUCCACACACAUUGCUCUAGACUGUCUUCUGAAGGCUACAGUCUCCGCAGAACAUUUGGACUCGUUUCACAAUUCAUUGUUGCGCGCCUUCACUUCCAUCGCCACAAAUUCGGACACACAAUUUCAGUCGGUCACUGGUUUACUAUUUGAAAACGACCAGCUAGGCACCUGCUCCAAAAGUCUCCCACCUUUUACCAACUUACAAAUAAAAACUGAAGCUGAGGCACCGGAAAAUGGUUAUUUCACUGCGGUACGUGUCCCGUCGUCCAUCACACUGCCGCUUCAUCAAUUCUUGCUGACUGUCGUACAAGACAUCAGUCAGCUUGUUAUCUCUGCGACACCGGGCUUUCCGUCGAUCCAAAAACUGUCAUUGAGUAUCUGCUCUGCGCUGUUGGGUGUCUAUAAACGAGUCGUUCAACACAUAGUCGUACAAAGGGAGUCGGAUUCUCUUGGAUCUUCCAACAGUCGGGCUUCUGAGCAGGAUUCCUUUUCGCCCUCUAUCAGGAGCUCCAACCUGCAAGACGCUGCCUUACAACUUAUCUUUGACAUUCACUUCUUGUUGCAUUUGUUGAAUUGGCCUCAUGCAGCUUGCGACACCUUACUCCCACCGGUCACAAGUGAAGCUAAAUCUGGGGACGAAUCAGCCAGUGUGCGAAAGACAGCCACGGAGCUCCUGGAGCUGUUGCAAACUCUGGUUGAUCCCUUUGACUGGGAUUUCUGCCAUUCUCAGGUGCUUUCCGGCGUAUCACGGUGUCUGCGCUCCUGUUCUCAUCUAUACUCACUUUUGAUGCGACCGGAACCGGUCGGUCAUUCCUUACCUGAAGAAAGUCGUGCCGCAGCGGGAACCGAUUCUGCUCACUCCCAAUACGCUUCGUUCGUACCCCUCAUUUCUUCUCAGCACACCACUUUUGCCACACUUCCGAUCAACAUAGCGCGUUACAGCGGCAGAAAACAGCACAAGGCUCACAUGGCCUCGUCAGCUUCAUCAAACCGAUAAACACUCUUGUACUCCGAGAUUUUUUCUAUUUAGUUUAGUACCAUUUUCAUUUUCGAAUAUUUAUCACGCUUUAGGCCUGGUUACUUGUUCUCUUCCUUCACCAGUCACUGCCUGUCCAACUACUGUGAUACAUGUUUUUCUCUGAUCGCUGUUAUCGCAGUACAGUACUCCGCAGGUAGUAUGCAUGCAUUGUGUCUGAUUGUCUUGUGAAACCCACCUAAUGGGCCUCACAACUGCAUCUAUGAUAC